UGAAUACAAACUUUUAACAUGGCGAUGGCGGAAGAAGCCAGUUCCGGGUUGCAGUUAUCCUCAGAAGCCCCAUGGCAGAGGGUGAAACAUCCCACAGGAAGGCUUUCAGCACUUUGCCUUUUCAGAAUCAAGAGGGACAUAACCAGCAUGUAUAAAGAGCCACCACCAGGGUUGCACAUAGCAGCAGAUGAAAAUGACAUCACAAAGGUUCAUGCGCUGGUCAUAGGUCCACGUGGCACACCAUACGCUGGUGGAUUUUUUUAUUUUUUGAUCAGUUUUACCCCUGAGUAUCCAAUCAAGCCUCCACAUGUUGUUCUGAUGACAACAGGAAAUGGAAGAGUCAGGUUCAACCCGAAUCUGUAUGGAAACGGCAAAGUUUGCCUCAGUAUUCUAGGAACAUGGCCUGGCCCAGCAUGGAGUCCUGCUCAGACUCUCUCAAGUCUGCUUAUCUCAAUCCAGUCUCUCCUGAAUGAAAAACCAUAUCACAAUGAACCAGGAUUUGAACGGAAGGAAGUCCACAAAGGUGACUGCAAAAGAUAUAAUGAAUGUAUCCAACAUGAAAACCUCAGAGUAGCUGUCUGCGACAUGUUAGAGGGAAAACAAAGGUGUCAUCCAGCUCUCAUAACAAAAAUGGAGAAAUUAUUCCUUGGGUUUUAUGACAGCUACUGGUCAGUUAUCAAUGAGAAUAUCAAGUCAACUGGAAAGUCCAUGAUGGAUCCUUAUGGAGAAAAUGUAGGAAUAUUUGAUUAUGUGUCUCUUAAACAAAGACUAGAAGCCAUCAAGAAAAGACUUGAUGCCAAAAAAGCAUUGGGAAAUGAACUGGAAGACUCGUCAAGUGAAGAGGAGGAAGAAGAAGUAAAAACAAGAGAAAGUCCCCCAGAAAUAGAUGAUUGGGAAGCAUUUUUGUAUGGCGACGACUGACUUAAAUUUGUAUCUUAUUUGCUUUCUCUGUUUCACAUUUUAAGAUGCUUAGUUUAUAAUGCAAAUAAGAAAAAUAAGUAGACUAUUAAACAGAACAGGACAAAAUUUGAUGAGGUAUUUAUUUACUGUUUUGCAAUAUUUCAAAAAUAAAUGCAAGUAGUAGAGCCAUGUUGGACAGUCAAAUAAGUAAUUGUACAAUAGUCACACUUGAUGUUUGAGUUUCAAAAGUAUAAUUUGUACACAACGUUUUAAGAUAACUCAUAAGGAUUAAGUAUCAGUUUUUUUUUUACAUAUUACACUGGUUUAGGUUUAGGUUCCUUUCUCUGGAAGUAAUCCAAUAUUGGAGGUCUGCAAGACAGUUUUGUCCAGGCUUUUAAUAAGAUGAAAUUUUCAGAGAAUUUCACACAAAUAAUUCAGACUUGUCUGAGAAAGGCCAUGAAGGUAUAAAGGAGUAUUAAAAUAUAAUUUGAGGGUGUACUUCAUCUUCAAAAAGAAUAAAAAGCUCCAUUUCAAAUGAUAAAAUUAAUAGUAAAUAUACACCCAUCGUCAUCACCUACAAGAAAAUUGAAUGUGGUCUCACAAGCAGUUCUCUAUUGUAAAGUUGUAUCUCAAAAGUUUGUCAUGCAAAAGGUAAAUAAAAACUCAUGAAGUCUGA